AUGCCGGACUACCCUUAUUCAGACAACAUGUACUCGGGCCUCGACGACUCAGACGUCGAAGAGCAGCCGUGGGCAGACGGAGUCGGAAACAGAAACACGCACGGGUAUGGCCACGGUACCGGAUUAGGAGCUGCUGCUGGCGCUGCAGCUGGUGCUGGUGCUGGUGGUGGUGGUGUUGGCUUUGGUGGUACUGAUGUGGGGGUUGAUCCGCGGCACCAACACGGCCAACACGUCGCAGCCCACGACGAGGAACAAGUCCUCUCGCCCACGGAUGGAUAUUUUGGCCGUUCUGGAGACUCUCCGUCGUCAGACUAUGAUUCUGCUUACCCGAUCGGCAACAACAACCCAGACAGUCAUCCGCUCUCGCCGUCACAUCAGAGUUCAUCGGUAGAUGCACAUGCCACCCCAUCGUCGCAUCACCCUGCAGCGGCAUCAUCCCAAGUCCCGCAUGUGCCAAACGCUUGGGUCAACGAUCCCAGCCUGGAGCAAGGAAGCACUGCCGAGAGCAAGGCAAGGGAAGCUCAAGAGGAGCGCGAGCUGAACAGGCGACAUCCAUCAAACUUUGCCUCCCAUCCACACGCUGCUGGCGACGGUGGCUCUUCCUCCUUCCCGUCCCUGAACACAACAACAACAACAUCACCAUCGACGACAUUUGGGCCUGGACAGUCCAGAUACGCCUACGGACCCGGCCUAUCAUACGCGCCAUCCAGCCAGAGGUACACGCCGUCCUCCUCCUCUGCCGCUCCGUCACGCUCGCAUCGCAGCGGGACGAUAUAUUCCGAGCGCUCGUCGCUCUUCAGCGAAGCACCGCCUGCCUACACCCCUUCACCUACCUCGACGACCGCUCCCUCCUCCAACUACCAGACCAUCCGGCCGUCCAACAUGGGCCGCAUCUCAGAGUCAGAGUCCCGGGGCCUACUGGCCAGUCACGAGUACCAGUCCGUCCCUCAGGACAUGGGAGGACAGGCGGACGAUGACUACACCUACACGCGGACAGGGAAUUGGAGAGACCGCGUGAGGAGCCGCGUGUCCAGUCUCAACGGAAGGACAUGCAAGCUGGUCGCGCUAGGCGUCAUCUUGCUUUUCGUGACGAUUGGGUUCCUCGUCAGCUCUUUCAUGGGUGUGAAGGACGAGAGGAGGAUCACUGUGCCUGGCGGCGGCUCGGGGAGUUCACCCAUCAGCAAGUUGCCGUCCCAGGAUGACGAUGGCACGAGGUUGGCAUAUCCGCCUUACGACGGAGAGAUGCCCUGGGCCGAGAGCGACCUUUGCGCCACCAAAGAAAUCAAGUACCCGGUCCAGACCUUCAAAGUCGAGUUCUCCGACUCGCGCAACGUCUCGUUCUUCCAGGACGUCAAGAAGAACAAUCCUUCUGGCGGGCGGGAUGUCCGUGUGAGUGGCGAGGUCGUCAUCCGCCGGGCCGGAAACGGGACCCCUGGACCGGGCAUCACCCUGGAGAGCGUCUCCAACGACGACCAGAUCGCGCUUGACUUGGACUGGAACGACGAUGAGCAACGCCUCUACGUCCUUUCGCCACUGGCGAUCCCGUGGGCCUCCAACAGCGGCGAGUCGCCUUGCUUGCAGAUCCGCUCAACCAUCUGGGUACCCCCUGGAAGCGUCCUGGACAGCCUCAACGUCGAGAGCGUGCACCUCGGCGUCAAGCUGCUCGACAACCUGUCAAUCCAGCUCAACAACUUCGCCCGGCUCGCCAGCACCAUCGGGACCGUCGUGGCGGCCACGGACGGCGAGAGAGACCCGAAGCAGGUCAUGCUCGAAGGACCGCCCAAGUCAUUCACCCUGAACUCGCGAUACAUCGAGGUCAAGACCCUGUCCAACGCCAUCGCCGGGUCGUGGCCCCUGUACGACUACCUCGGCCUCGAGACCGUCGCGGGUUCCAUCCGCGCCGGCGUCGUGCCCAAGGAGGCGCUCAAGGACAAGCCGCGCCCGGCCAUCCUCUACGUGCACUCCACCUCGGGCCCGAUCGAGCUGCACGAGCCCGUCGAGGCGGCCGCCGCGGCCCUGACCAUGGAGGCCCAGGGCACCGCGGUCGGGGCGACAGCCCAGGACAUCAUCCCGCCGCGGCAGUACGGCGUCGACCUGUACACCAUGUCCGGGACGGUCAAGGGCUCCGUCGCCUUCAGCCACUCGUGCAAGGUGCACACGACCUCGGGCAACAUCGACCUGACCCUCCUCCCCGUGUACGACAAGUCGCAGAUCCAGUCCUCGGGAGACUCGAGCUCUUUCCUGCAGACCUCGACCACGAGCGGCACGACCGUGGUCAACGUCAUGGACGCGCUCUGGAAGGACGUCCAGACCGGCUCAUACGUCGCGCCGCCCGUGCCUCCGGCAGCAGCCGCGACCCCCGGCGGAACGGACUUCGCCCCCAUCGGCGCAGAGGACCCCUACAGCUUCCUGGGCGACGAGGAGACCCCGGCGCCCGAGGAGGCGGACCCCGCCCCCGAGAAGCCGCAGGAGCAGGCCGCGGCGUCGUCGUCGCCCGCCAUCCGCGUCCUCAGCUCGCGCCACACCACCACCAGCGCCGCCAUCCGGCUCAGCUACCCUGCCACGUGGGAGGGCGGCAUCGACGCCGACAGCCUGACGGGCAAGAUCGCCAUCUCGGGCAAGGGCGUGCAGAUCAUCCGGCGCGACGACGAGUUCCCCGGGUUCAAGGAGCGCGUCGUCGCCCGCAAGGGCCAGGACGGCGUCGGCGGCAACGUCAAGUGCCACACCACCUCCGGGGCCAUCAGCGUCUCGUUCCCCUCUUAG